AAGAAUGCCCAGCUCUUCCAAGGAUUGACUUUGCUGAUGUUGCUGCUGAAUCGUAUCCACUGGGGACCAAAUUGUAUUAUAAAUGUGAUGAAGGAUACAAGAGGAGGAGCGGCCAUUACUUGGCAAUUCGGUGUCAGCGUAUACAUGGGGUUGUUUCUUGGGUCUACAAAAAAUUAGAAUGUGUUGAUGAGAAAAUUUUGUUGUCAAUGGCUCCCACGAUGGAAUUAAAUUUUACACAGAAGCCAGAAAGCAAAAGACAGAGCUCGGCACCCCAGAACCCAGGAAACAUUUCAGAGUUUGACCAGAAAGAUUUUUGUGGUCCUCCCAAGACUAUUCCACAUGCCUCUUUAAGCCUGAACAAACAGUAUUAUGUGGGGCAAGUAUUACAUUUCAAAUGUCAGAGUGGUUUUGAUAAGCGACCCCCCACCUCUGGUACCCGCACAUGCAAGAAGGUGAAUGGCCAAAUCAACUGGACGCCCCUUAACAUGCAAUGCACCAAUGACAGCAGCUAUAGCUAUGAGAGGCCUCCACAGACUGUUGAGCCAGGUUCGACUCAUCCAUCCUUCUCCUCAUCGGUGAUACUGCCAGUGACAGCUAUAUUUUUUGUUCUGCUUAUCAUUCCCGCUGUCCUUGUGUGA